AUGCCUGGUUCCAUAGCUCCUCCACCAGAUUACGAGCCCAGCAUAGCUCCAGCCGCGUUUGCAGCUGCUUGGCGCGAGAAGUUCAGGUCGGAACAACGGCACGGUUCCUCUAUUUACAGUCUUCCCGAUAAUGAUUGUCCUUUCGACUAUGACGACCAACCACUGCACAAUAAUGCUGAAAAUGUGACUGAGAAUGACGUUGGCCGCCAACGUACUGAAAGCAACGAAUGGGUCGCGGGGUCUCCCAGCUUAGCUUUGUCCGACUUAGACAACCUGGAACAACACUCCCCCCAGGUGUCCAUAGCACUGGCUGGUACAUUCAUGCGGCAAUUGGAUAACCAAGUGCAGGCGAUGGACGAGCAGAUCAAGCAGCAGGAUGUCUGGAAUAACCACAUGCAACAACAGAUGGAGACCAUUAUGGAACGCUACCAGAGACUAGAUGCCCUGGAAGAAAAAGUGGCGGGGCUGCAAGCAAAGCUGGAUGUUGUGUGCGGUAAUAAGGAAGGGGCAAAUGAAGGACGUAGAUCAGGUGGCCGCAGACGCCAGGCACCGUGA